GGAUUAUUAUUAGGGCUCUGUGUGGAGGAAGAUGCAUUUAGGGAAGGGGAGAUUGAGAUGUUUGGGUUGGGAGUCCAGGCAUUCACAUAUGGGUAAGAAGCCCUACAAAUCGUGGCAGGUCGACAAAUCUGCCACCACGCCUUUCCUAGCUCCAUUUGGAAAUGGUUGAGGCCAGAAAUUCCAUCUAGUCUUAGCACAUAAGACCAUUUUUAUCUUAAAUGGAAGAUUAUGGAAAGUUCUUCCAUCUGGUCUGAAGCGGGAAACUAAUUUUCUGCAUUUCUUAAAUACGUAAGGUUGAAUUUAGAAUUUUUCACUGUUCUGCGUAAUCUUACCGUUUAAGAUGCUGGACGCGGGCUAGAGCUAGGUAGAAUUUUGAACUUUUGAUUUUCUGCUCUGCAUUUGGAACUUGUGGAGCUACCAUACGCUCUGCACAAAUCCUGGAUGGAAAAUCCUGAUUCCUCACUCUCAGCUGGUGGCGAAUUGACAAUGGUGCAUGCUCUGGGGGAAAAUAUGUGCCUUGCUUCCUGCAAAUUGAAUCUGGAAUACAGUGGUGUUCAAAAAGGUUUGUUGAGUGGACGCCUCCCAAUCAGCUGACACAAUGGUGGCCCUUUCUCUGAAGAUCUGUGUCCGUCAAUGCAAUGUCGUGAAGACGAUGCAAUUUGAACCUUCCACAAUAGUGUAUGAUGCCUGUCGUAUAAUACGUGAGCGUGUACCUGAGGCUCAGACAGGACAAGCAUCUGACUAUGGUUUGUUUCUGUCGGAUGAAGAUCCAAGAAAAGGAAUUUGGCUGGAGUCUGGGCGCACAAUGGAUUAUUAUAUGCUUCGAAAUGGGGAUGUAUUGGAGUACAAGAAGAAACAAAGACCACAGAAAGUACGAAUGCUGGAUGGUGCAGUAAAAACUAUAAUGGUGGAUGACUCCAAAACUGUUGGGGAACUGCUAGUUACUAUAUGUAGUAGAAUAGGUAUUACAAAUUAUGAAGAAUAUUCUUUAAUUCAAGAAACCACAGACGAGAAAAAAGAAGAUGGAACCACUACAUUGAAAAAGGACAGAACGCUUUUGCGAGAUGAAAAAAAAAUGGAAAAAUUGAAAGCAAAGCUUCACACAGAUGAUGACUUGAACUGGUUAGAUCAUAGUCGAACUUUCAGAGAACAGGGAGUUGAUGAAAACGAAACUCUGCUUUUAAGACGGAAGUUUUUCUACUCUGAUCAAAAUGUGGACUCCAGAGAUCCAGUUCAGCUGAAUCUGCUCUACGUACAGGCCAGGGAUGAUAUUCUCAAUGGAUCCCAUCCAGUUUCCUUUGAAAAAGCCUGCGAGUUUGGUGGAAUUCAGGCACAAAUCCAGUUUGGACCGCAUGUUGAACACAAGCACAAACCUGGAUUUUUGGAUCUGAAAGAGUUCCUGCCCAAGGAGUACAUUAAGCAGAGAGGAGCUGAAAAGAGGGUAUUUCAGGAGCACAAGAACUGUGGCGAAAUGACAGAGAUCGAAGCAAAAGUCAAAUACGUAAAAUUGGCCCGAUCUCUCCGAACCUACGGUGUAUCAUUCUUUUUGGUAAAGGAAAAAAUGAAGGGCAAGAACAAAUUGGUUCCUCGACUUUUGGGUAUAACUAAAGAUUCAGUAUUGCGUGUGGAUGAAAAGACAAAAGACGUGAUACAGGAAUGGCCCCUGACAACAGUGAAACGUUGGGCAGCUUCUCCAAAAAGCUUCACUCUGGAUUUUGGAGAAUAUCAGGAAAGCUACUAUUCAGUUCAGACUACUGAGGGUGAACAAAUCUCACAGCUAAUUGCUGGCUACAUUGAUAUUAUCCUGAAAAAGAAACAAAGUAAAGACCGAUUUGGCCUUGAAGGAGAUGAAGAAUCAACAAUGUUGGAAGAAUCAGUUUCUCCAAAAAAAUCUACAAUUUUGCAGCAACAGUUUAAUAAGACUGGAAAGGUGGAGCAUGCAUCUGUUGCAUUGCCAGCAGUAAUGCGUCCUGGAGCAGGUGGACCAGAGAGUUUUAACAUGGGAACAAUGCCCGCUCCUCAGCAACAGGUUCUCAGUGGACAAAUGCACAGAGGUCACAUGCCUCCACUGACCUCUGCACAGCAAGCUUUAAUGGGAACCAUUAAUUCCAGUAUGCAGGCAGUACAACAAGCCCAGUCUGAUCUAACCAAAGUAGAUGAUUUACCUCCCCUGGGACGUGACCUGGCAUCCAAGGUGUGGGUUCAGAACAAAGUUGAUGAGUCAAAACAUGAGAUUCACUCACAGGUCGAUGCAAUCACUGCAGGCACUGCAUCUGUUGUCAAUCUCACAGCUGGUGACCCAGCGGACACAGACUAUACCGCAGUUGGAUGCGCCAUUACAACCAUUUCCUCCAACUUAACUGAAAUGUCGAAGGGAGUGAAAAUGCUGGCUGCAUUAAUGGACGAUGAUAUUGGAAGUGGUCAGGACCUUAUGCGUGCUGCGAGAACAUUAGCUGGCGCUGUGUCUGAUCUGCUGAAAGCUGUGGAGCCUUCAUCAGGAGAGCCUCGUCAAACUGUCUUGACAGCAGCAGGAAGCAUUGGACAAGCUAGUGGUGACCUUCUCCGACACAUCGGAGAGAGCGAAACUGAUGAACGUUUUCAGGACGUCCUGAUGAGCUUGGCCAAAGCUGUUGCCAAUGCUGCUGCUAUGCUUGUCCUGAAAGCUAAAAAUGUUGCUCAAGUGGCUGAAGACACCGUUCUUCAAAACCAUGUCAUUGCAGCUGCUACCCAGUGUGCACUUUCCACAUCUCAGCUGGUCGCGUGUGCAAAGGUGGUCAGUCCAACCAUCAGCUCACCUGUUUGCCAGGAGCAACUUGUUGAGGCUGGGAAGCUGGUAGACCGUUCAGUCGAGGGCUGUGUCAAAGCUUGCCAAGCUGCAACUGACGAUGGUGAGCUGCUGAAACAGGUUAGCGCAGCAGCCAGUGUGGUCAGCCAGGCUCUGAAUGAUCUCCUACAGCAUGUCCGCCAGUAUGCCAGCAGAGGAGAACCCAUUGGCCGUUAUGACCAGGCAACGGACACGAUCAUGACAGUUACGGAGAGCAUAUUUAGUUCAAUGGGUGAUGCUGGUGAGAUGGUUCGCCAGGCUCGAGUCUUGGCCCAAGCAACGUCUGAUCUGGUCAACGCUAUGAGAUCUGAUGCAGAGGCCGAGAGCGAUGUGGAAAAUUCCAAAAAGCUUCUGGCAGCUGCCAAGCUCCUCGCUGAUUCCACUGCUAGAAUGGUUGAAGCUGCAAAGGGUGCAGCUGCUAAUCCAGAAAAUGAGGAUCAGCAACAGAAGCUGAGAGAAGCAGCAGAGGGACUUCGAGUUGUUACCAAUUCAGCUGCACAGAAUGCCAUAAAGAAAAAGUUAAUUAACCGACUGGAGAAUGCAGCUAAACAAGCCGCAGCUGCAGCAACACAGACCAUUGCAGCUUCACAGAAUGCAUCUUCAUCCAACAAGAACACAGCUGCCCAUCAACAGCUGGUCCAGAGCUGUAAGGCUGUUGCUGACUAUAUACCUCAAUUGGUGCAAGGUGUUCGAGGGAGUCAGGCUGAACCAGAGAAUCUAAGUGCCCAGCUUGCCUUGAUUAUUGCCAGUCAGAAUUUCCUUCAGCCUGGAAGCAAAAUGGUAUCGUCAGCCAAAGCAGUUGUGCCAACUGUUGCUGACCAGGCUGCAGCCAUGCAGCUUGGUCAAUGUGCCAAGAAUCUUGCGACCAGUUUGGCUGAGUUGCGAACUUCUGUGCAAAAGGCUCAUGAAGCUUGUGGGCCAAUGGAAAUCGACUCUGCUCUACAUUCAGUCCAAACACUGAAAAAUGAAUUGCAGGAUGCCAAGGUGGCUGCAGCUGAUGGACAGUUGAAACCACUGCCAGGAGAGACGCUUGAGAAGUGUGCUCAGGACCUAGGAAGCACAUCCAAGGCUGUUGGCUCUUCAAUGGCACAGCUUCUUACCUGUGCAGCUCAAGGAAAUGAACAUUACACAGGAAUCGCUGCCAGAGAAACAGCACAGGCUCUCAAGACGCUGGCUUCAGCCGCUCGCGGAGUAGCAGCAUCUACUGAUAACCCUCAGGCUCAGAAUUCAAUGCUUGACACAGCACGAGAUGUCAUGGAAGGAUCAGCUGUGCUUAUUCAGGAAGCCAAGCAGGCCCUGGCCUCCUCUGGAGAUGCAGAAAGCCAGCAAAGACUGGCCCAGGUGGCGAAGGCAGUGUCACACUCAUUGAAUAAUUGUGUCAACUGCUUGCCUGGGCAGAAGGAUGUGGACAUGGCCCUUAAGAGCAUCGGCGAAUCUAGCAAGAAACUCUUGGUUGACUCGUUACCGUCGAGCACCAAAAGUUUCCAGGAAGCUCAGAGUGAGCUGAAUCAAGCUGCUGCCGAUCUGAAUCAGUCGGCAGGUGAAGUGGUGUACGCCUCACGGGGAACAAGUGGCCAAUUGGCAGCUGCUUCGGGAAAAUUUAGUGAAGAUUUUGAUGAGUUUCUGGAUGCAGGCAUUGAAAUGGCUGGACAGACUCAGACAAAAGAGGAUCAAGUUCAGGUCGUUGGUAAUCUGAAGAAUAUUUCCAUGGCUUCCAGCAAACUGCUUCUGGCUGCCAAGUCACUGUCUGUAGAUCCAGGAGCUCCUAAUGCCAAACAUCUCCUGGCAGCUGCUGCUCGAGCUGUCACAGACAGUAUCAAUCAGUUGAUUACACUGUGCACCCAGCAGGCACCUGGCCAGAAGGAAUGUGACAAUGCUCUGCGAGAGCUUGAGACAGUAAAAGGUAUGCUGGAUAACCCGAAUGAGCCAGUUAGUGAUCUCUCCUACUUUGACUGCAUUGAAAGUGUCAUGGAGAAUUCGAAGAUCCUUGGAGAGGCAAUGGCAGGAAUUUCUCAUAAAGCUAAGACUGGUGAUCUUCCAGCCUUUGGAGACUCUGUUGGCAUCGCUUCCAAGUCGCUCUGUGGUUUGACGGAAGCUGCAGCUCAGUCUAGUUAUCUGGUUGGUAUAUCUGAUCCCAAUAGCCAGGCUGGGCAUCAAGGUCUAGUGGAUCCCAUCCAAUUUGCCAGAUCCAACCAGGCAAUCCAGAUGGCUUGUCAGAAUCUUGUGGAUCCAGCAAGUAGUCCAUCACAGGUAUUGUCUGCUGCCACAAUAGUAGCCAAACACACCUCUGCUUUGUGCAAUGCUUGUCGUAUAGCUUCUUCCAAGACUGCCAACCCAGUUGCUAAGAGGCAUUUUGUUCAGUCAGCGAAAGAGGUUGCCAACAGCACUGCCAACCUAGUGAAGACAAUCAAGGCUCUGGACGGUGACUUCUCUGAAGAAAACCGUGAAAAGUGCAGAGCUGCCACUUCUCCUUUAAUAGAGGCUGUAGAAAAUUUGACAGCUUUCUCCUCAAACCCAGAGUUUGUCAGCAUUCCAGCGCAGAUUGGAGCUGAGGGAGCUCAGGCUCAGGAGCCAAUUCUCUCAGCUGCUCGAGCUAUGCUGGACAGUUCAUCCUCUCUGAUCAGGACUGCCCGUUCAUUAGCCAUUAAUCCAAAGGACCCACCAACCUGGUCUAUUCUAGCUGGGCAUUCACGCACUGUAUCAGAUUCUAUUAAGAGUCUUAUAACCUCUAUCAGGGAUAAGGCUCCAGGACAACGGGAAUGCGACUACUCAAUUGACAACAUUAAUAGGUGCAUUCGUGAGAUUGAGCAAGCUUCUUUAGCAGCUGUCAGUCAGAACCUUGCAACAAGAGAUGACAUUUCGCUGGAGGCUUUGCAGGAACAGAUGACCUCAACAGUACAAGAGAUAGGACAUCUGAUUGAUCCAAUAACUACAGCAGCUCGCGGAGAGGCUGCUCAGCUGGGUCACAAGGUUACCCAACUGGCCAGUUACUUUGAGCCUUUAACUCUGGCCUCCAUUGGUGUUGCCUCAAAGCUUCUUGACCAUCAGCAGCAAAUGACUGUAUUGGACCAGACUAAGACCUUGGCUGAAUCUGCAUUACAAAUGCUCUACGCAGCCAAGGAAGGUGGUGGCAACCCCAAGGAUUAUUCACUUCACAUUCAUGGACAGGACACUGGUCAUGAAUGUUGUCAGACGGCUUCACACACGCACGAUGCCAUUGCAGAAGCAGCUCAGCUAAUGAAGGAGGCAGUGGAUGAUAUUAUGCUAACUCUGAAUGAGGCUGCGAGUGAAGUGGGUAUGGUCAGCGGAAUGGUGGAUGCAAUUGCUGAAGCAAUGAACAGACUUGAUGAAGGCACACCUCCAGUGCCAGAAGGAACUUAUGUUGACUAUCAAACGACAAUGGUAAAAUAUUCUAAAGCGAUUGCAGUCACUGCUCAGGAAAUGAUGUCCAAAUCUGUCACCAGCCCUGAAGAGCUGGGUGGUUUGGCUUCCCAAGUGACGACUGAUUAUAGCCAUCUUGCUCACCAAGGGCGACUAGCAACUGCAACAGCUGACACAGAGGAGAUUGGAUUCCAAAUCAAAACCCGUGUGCAGGACCUUGGCCAUGGCUGUAUAUUUCUGGUGCAAAAAGCUGGCGCUCUUCAAAUUUGCCCCACAGACAGCUUUACGAAGAGAGAGCUGAUUGAAUGUGCCCGUGCUGUGACAGAAAAGGUUUCCCUGGUUCUGUCUGCUCUGCAAGCAGGAAACCGAGGUACACAGGCUUGUAUAACUGCAGCCAGUGCAGUUUCUGGCAUCAUUGGAGAUCUGGACACCACGAUUAUGUUUGCUACAGCUGGUACUCUGAAUGCAGAGAAUGACGAGUCAUUUGCAGAUCACAGGGAGAACAUCCUGAAAACUGCUAAGGCUCUAGUUGAGGACACAAAGUUCCUUGUAUCUGGUGCAGCUUCGAGCCAGGAAAAGUUGGCUCAAGCUGCUCAUUCUUCUGUUAACACCAUCACACAGUUGGCUGAGGUGGUGAAGCAGGGAGCAGCCAGCCUUGGUUCAGAUGACCCAGAAACACAGGUGGUCCUAAUUAAUGCAGUAAAAGAUGUGGCCAAAGCUCUAACCGACCUCAUUAGUGCAACAAAAUGUGCUGCUGGCAAACCGGCUGAUGAUCCAUCCAUGUAUCAACUAAAGAGUGCUGCCAAAGUAAUGGUUACAAAUGUCACCUCUCUUUUGAAAACUGUAAAAGCUGUGGAGGAUGAAGCAACUCGUGGCACAAGGGCUCUCGAAGCCACUAUCGAAAGUAUCAAGCAGGAGCUGACGGUAUUCCAGUCAAAGGAACUGCCAGAAAAGACUUAUUCACCUGAAGAAUUCAUCCGAAUGACGAAGGGCAUUACGACUGCAACUGCGAAAGCUGUGGCAGCAGGCAACUCGUGCAGGCAAGAUGAUGUGAUUUCAACAGCCAAUCUCAGUCGCAAAGCAAUGGCUGACAUGUUAACCGCUUGCAAGCAAGCAGCUUAUCAUUCAGAGGUAUGUGAAGAUGUACGAAAUCGAGCACUGCAUUUUGCAACGGAAUGCACUGUUGGCUACAUGGAGAUGCUGGAGCAUGUUCUCGUGAUUGUUCAGAAGCCCACAGCUGAUCAGAAACAGCAGUUGUCUGGAUACUCUAAGCGAGUAGCUUCAGCAGUUACGGAACUGAUUCAGUCAGCAGAAGCCAUGAAAGGUACAGAAUGGGUGGACCCUGAAGACCCGACAGUCAUUGCUGAAGCAGAGCUUCUGGGAGCUGCGGCUUCUAUAGAGGCUGCAGCCAAGAAAUUGGAGCAACUUAAGCCAAGGGCUAAGCCAAGGCAAGCAGAUGAAACCCUCGACUUUGAGGAGCAGAUUUUGGAGGCCGCCAAGUCCAUUGCGGCUGCUACCAGUGCACUGGUUAAGUCUGCUUCAGCAGCUCAGCGAGAGCUUGUUGCACAAGGAAAGGUUGGUGCUAUCCUGGCUAAUGCAGUAGAUGAUGGACAGUGGUCUCAAGGACUUAUAUCUGCAGCUCGAAUGGUGGCAGCUGCCACAAGCAAUCUAUGUGAGGCAGCAAAUGCUUCUGUUCAGGGCCAUGCCAGUGAAGAGAAGCUCAUAUCAUCAGCUAAACAGGUAGCAGCAUCCACAGCACAGCUCCUAGUAGCUUGUAAAGUGAAAGCAGACCAAGAUUCGGAAGCUAUGAGGAGGCUGCAGACUGCAGGAAACGCUGUCAAAAGAGCAUCAGACAAUCUGGUCAGAGCGGCUCAAAAGGCAGCGUUUGACAAACACGACGAAGAAAAUGUUGUGGUCAAAACACGUUUUGUGGGAGGAAUUGCUCAGAUCAUUGCAGCACAAGAGGAAAUGCUGAGAAAAGAGAAGGAACUGGAGGAAGCCCGUAAGAAGUUAGCGCAGAUUCGCCAGCAGCAAUAUAAAUUUCUACCAUCAGAACUACGAGAGGAUGAAACCUAAAAACAACUUUUUGUACCAAGCUUAGUUCUGUAUCAACAUAUCUAAAUACUUUAAUAAUUUGAGCCACUUCUAUUUAGAAACCUUACCGAAUUGUAUGUAAUGGAAGUAUACACAUUUGCGUAGACUUGAUUUUGUAGAUUGUAGGGUAGAUUACCAUAGCUUCCCAUGCUCCCGAACCUUGCAUGCACUAAAUAAAUAUCAGGGAAGUUUAUAGAGCAUGUGUAGGGCAAGACAACAUGCCUUCUGUACAGCAAAAGAAGUUAAUGUACGGAAAUUGGUUUGAAGAGAUUUCAAGUCUAUUGUGCUGGAGUAAUGUAGGAUAAUGAAACAAAAAUUAUGGACACCCCAGAAUAAAUAAAAAGGGGAGAAUGUCAGUGGAAAUAAGAUAGGAUUUAUAAAUGUUUUCAUUGUAAAAAAAACAAAAAAAUUAUUUCAACAUGGCCUGUACUAAUCCAGAGUUCAGUACGGCUGUGUUGCUGGAAAAUCAGUUUCCUGUAGGUAAGGGCAAAACCCGUACAAAGCAAUGUAAUAUUACUUGUGUUUUUUAAUGUUCAAGUGGUUUUGUGCUUUUACAAUCAUCGCUCACCAUUGGUGCAUUUUUUUCCACAGUUCAAAUUUGGAAACUGUCAAAAAUCGCUGCUUUUUUUUUGCAGUCAGAAAAGCGCAACAAAGAUUCCGAUCUCUUGAGUUAACUCGAGUAAAUUCCAAACUACAGACUUGUGUUUUGUUUCCUAUUUUCCGUACUGUUGAUUUGAACUUCAAGUGUUUUUUCUUAAGGUUUGGGGACAUUACCUUUCGCAUGAGCUGCUAGCUGAUUCUGCUUUCAGUUUAACUGCAGAAUGCUUUACUUUCAGUUAGAAAUAUUUUAAUUUGUCUUUUUGUUGGCUGCAGCAUAGUGCCUUAGUUUACAGCACUUAACCACUAAAAGCCAUCAGCUGGAAUACCCUGAAUGCCUGCUGAAAAUAUAUUUAAAAUCCUACUCGAAGUCAGUACCACAGGGAAUUCCUAAUUUAAACUGCAAGCCUUUUCCCUAAAUUACCUUGUAUGGUGUGUUUUCUCUCUCUCUCUCUCUCUCUCUCUCAUUUUAACUAGUAUGUGCUGCUGUAAACAUACGACUCCUCUUUUUGUAUUGCAUUCCACAACCCUGUGCCAAGAUGCAAUUUCAACUCUUAGGAAGACAGAUUUUCUUUGGCUCAGCCAGUAUCUGUCAUCUCAGUAAAUUGUUAGUCUGUAGCAGAUAGAUCAAGAAUCUUAUGUAUAAACAUCCAUCUGUUAAGUUAAACCACUGAAAGAUUUGAUUUUUAAAAAAAAUAAAACAAUCUAAUGUAUUCAAAUUAUUAGAGUAAAAUGAUCUACUAUUGUCCUUUUUUUGAAUAAUUUUUAAGAUGGUGUGUUCAAAUCAAUGCAUGCCCUGUAACAUUUUAUACUCCCUUCGCAAGCUUCAUUGGGCUUGCUUGUUGUUUUAGUGUGUCCCAAAACUCAAGCGACAUGUACAACUCUGCGAUAACCGAAUGUAAUACUGUAUGUAACAUAAAGUGCUAAUUUAUCUGCCCACAAAAGCUAUUUUUUGUAUUCACAGAAAUAAAAGGUUUCAAAGGAAA